AUGAGAGUGCUGGAUACUGCACCAAUGUUGGCGAGAAGACCAGUGAUGGAGACAGUACCAAUGUUGGAGACUCGCGGGCUGGUGGUGGCAACAAUUUCAGUGUUGGAAAUAAAACACGUAGUGUUGGUGUCACUUGAAGGCUUUGAUGUGGAAGAGGUUGUGAUGGGGUUAUGGAAGGCCGGGGUGACUCUGGAGGUGCACCUCGACUACCUUCCACCACAGGAAUUACCUCAGGCAGAUUUCAGCUCUAUAAAUAUCAUGGGAAAAGAGGAUAAACAAGAAACAUUGUGGAUGAGGGUUAACUGGAGAUUCUUGUACGGUCGUGGCCCUCUGCACCGGUGCCACAUGGCCCUCCUGGUGGUGGGCCCCAUGCCAUGGGCCCUCGCUGCUGCUGUUCAGAUGAUGUCCAGAGCAGUGUUAGGAAAUACUGACACGCUUCUUCUGGCACCAGUGGGAGGGUCGGUCAAUUGUAGCCUGCUAUGUCCCCACAUACCUUUAGCUGUGCGCGUGGCAGUUCUGGAGGUGCAGCAGCGACAGCCUAGAUGGGCAAGUUAUUUACCUCUUUUGUCAAAUACAAAGAUGUGACGAAUAUUUGUAGAAUACCACUGUAAGAGGCUGACAGGAUUACCCUGGUGUGGUGGUAUUUCUUUAAAUCAUAUUAUUACAGUAACCAACAUCACUCUUAUUGUUAUCAAAAGAAGUGUUAGACCUUAUUGAAUUAACAACAAAAUUCUAUAAACAAUUUAUAUUUUUAAUAUCUAAUUAAAGUUUUCUGUUCGAA